UGCUGACUUCCCUGGUCUGUCAUUUCCGGAAUUCUGCCUGGAAUUUCCUGGGGCCAGAGAUAGCAAGAAAACAUCUCCACCCCAGAGACUUCCUCUAAUUUCUUUGUUGCAAAAGGCGAUUCCCGCUCCUGCCGUCCACUACAGGCUUCCUCCCAGGGCACCAAGAUGCCCGUUGCAAAGAAAGACGUCAUGAGGCUGCUCUGCUCCAUUUCCGACCAGAAGAAAAUGACAGUGCCUGUCCAGCCCUCCAAUAAGACUGCCAGGAUGGCUGUAACUGGGGCGCUCAUUGGUGCCUUCCUUGGUGGCCCACCGGGAAUAGCUGUUGGCGGCGCCCUCGGGGGGCUCCUAGGGGUCGGGAUGACGGAGGAGCCCUUUAAGCCUGUCUGCAAGAUAGUCCUGCAGCUGUCCCACGUCCAGCAGCAGAAGCUGUUCAAUGAAGUCAAGUCCGUCAUCUGGAACCUGGACUGGAUAGACAACGUGGAGCUCAUGGCUCUGGUCAUGCGCAGUGAGGGGAUCCAGCAACAGCUGGCGGACAUGCUGGUGGAUUUCAUCAAGACAGAGCUGAAGACCGAUGUGCAGUUUGGUCCCCAGCCCCUCGGGGCCAGGCAUCCCCAGGAGUAGUGGGGGCUGGGGUGCCCACAGCGCCCCAGGUCUUCUUAAACCCGCCCCGUCCAUCCUUUUUACCUCAUGGCACAUGCAAGCAAGUCACUGAAAUUCUGAAUCACACUAGAAAAUAAAUCGUACCUUUGGCAGAUAGUUUUCAUUCAUUCA